CAGCAUGAGUCAGCUGUUCGGCAACAACAAUCCUUCAGACGAAGUUCUUUUAGCAGCGUGUCUCCAUCAAAGACUUCAGUAUUGAGGUGUAUGUGGUGUUGAGAGGGUCAAAUACUCAAAUUGCGACUCUCGGACAAUGUGGUGGCGGGUACAGUUUUUGGUGGUUGUGUUGGGUAGUGUGGCGAACUUGGUCCUAGCUCAAGAUGGAGGAGUGCCACUGCCUGGCCUUCCACCACAGCAGGCAUCGUCAGGCCCAGCAGGAGCGUCGCUAGACAUCGGCAGUGGCGGAGGAGGAGUGCCACUUCCACCCCAUACGUCGGAUGUGCAUCUCUCCGUUGGAAGCGAUGGCGGUUUUCCUCUCGGACAGGGCGGCGGUGUCCCCUUGCCUCCGACAGGAGGAGCGACGCCUGUCGGUGGUUUCGGUGAUGAUCCCGUCUUCGUGGUGCCCUUAGAACAGGGCUCUGGCGUACCUCUCCCCCCCUCGGCGGGCGGACAGGGCACAGUCGGAGUCCCCUUGCCCCCACCUUACGACACCGUCGGCGUCGGAGGACCAGGUGCCCAACAGCCAGCACUCGAUCUCGGAGGUUCCCCUGGAGGAUUGAGACAUGUGCACGACCCCCAUGUGGACGCCACCGUCCAGAGGGUUUUGGGACUGGCCAGCGUCAGGGACCACCUUCAGCUCAGGACACGUGCUGACAAGGCUGUCAAAAUUAGCGAUGUCGUCACGGCCCACAAACAGGUUGUCACUGGUCAGCUUGUCUACCUGACUCUACGAGUUGGAGAGACCAACUGCCCAAUUGGAACUCCUGACGUCACUAACUGCCCCCUGGACCACACCGAAGAUGAUUACGUCUGUGAGAUCGUCGUCUGGGAAAGGCCCUGGCUCAACAGCUCUAAAGUCAUUGAAGAGAAAUCAAAAUGUGCUGAAACUGAGGAUGAUAACGACUUCAACAUUUGGGGCUUCUUCUCCCGCCUCGCCAACUCUCCAUCUGAGAUCCCUCAGCAAAAUCUCCCAACGGGCAUUAGUGAACAGCAGUUGGGAUUGGAGGCUUUCAACUAUGUUGACCGUGCAUCAGAAUCAAAAUUCAGAGGCGAUAUGGUCAACUUCAAUCUUGGCAAGAUCACAUUUGAUCCUUUGUCUAACACAACUAAAGUUCAAGUAAAUGUCGAAUAUGGCUUCAAGAUGUGCCUCAGGUCUCCAGAUGAGAAGACUGACUCCAGGAUGUGCCCACGUGACACUCAGCGUGACCAUUAUAUCUGCGCUGUUCAUGUUGUGCACAACCCCAACCAAAUUGCCACCCUCGAAGUAGUUCCUAUCCGAGACUCUAGUGACGAAAACGAGAUUCACUGUGAAAAAAGGAGAAGUGUUGAAGAAGAAUUAGUUGUUCCUGUACGAGCCCCUUGCCUUGGUUGUCCUCAGCCAGCACCUCUUAAUGACCCAGUAAUUCUAGAUAUAGCUGACUUUGCUCUGAAAGAGUAUGACAGGACAGCUGAUGAGGAUGACCUCCAUAUGAUCUUGAGACUUGUCAAGGCCCAGACACAGGUGGUUGCAGGUGUUAAGUACUACUUGACUGUUGAGCUUGCAGAGACAGAGUGCAAGAAGACCUUGAUUGGUGUUGAUGUCAACAGGACUUUCUGCAGUCAAGAUUUGAACGAAGAAACCAAAAUUUGUGACCUUCAUAUAGUUGACCAGCCAUGGGUACCAGCAAGAGAUCUUGUUGCUGCUCAGUGCUAUGACAAGGAUAAUUAUCCUGCCACAACUCAAGAUGAAUUUAUUGUUCCUGUGGCUGUUGGUGGAAGUUUUGCUGCAGUGCCCUCUGCUACUGGUUUCCAGUCAAGAACUUCUGUCUUUGGAGGUCAGGCACCUGUACAGCUUGAUGAAAAUAGCAGAGCCAUAGCUCAGAUGGUUGUAGCAGAAUACAACAGGCGUGAGGAUGACCGUGAGUAUUACAAACUCAUGAAGGUCCAUGAAGCAACACCCCUGGAUGCAUCUGGAACGUACCACAUUGUUGUUGAAAUGGCUGAGACAAAUUGUAAUAAGUUUGAUCCCUCUACUGGCAAUGGUGAACAUUGUAUUGAGAACCCAAGAGAAGAGCGUGAAGUUUGCAGUGCUCAGGUCCAUGAGCAAGCACCUGGAAACAGAAGAAUUUUGUCUAUGUCAUGCGAAGAUCUUGAUGAUUACCUUCGAGAUAGGUUGAUGCCAACUUUGAACUCCUUUGAUAUCAUGGAUCAUCCCUUCUUAAGCUCACAAGGUUCUUCUUCUUCUGGAAACCCUGUCCCUACUAGUGACCCCAAAGUUCAGGAAGUUGCUGCUUUUGUCCUUGACCAGUACAAUCUACGAGGGGAUGAAGAUGAACUCUACGUUCUGACUAACAUUGUCAGUGCUCACACCCAGGAUGCUGGUGGAAUGACCAAGUACCUCUUAGAGCUGGAAGCAGCAGAGACACAUUGCAAGAAAUACCUUCCGGUGGCAGAUCCUUCCCGGUGCCACAUUGACCAUGGUGAAGAAAGAGAAAUCUGCCAAGCAGAGGUGAAUGUACCAGCAGACCCAUCUCAGCCAAAGACACUCACCAGACUUUACUGUGAUGAGCGGGAUGACUAUUACACCAAUAAACUCAAAGGUAAAAUCUUCUCAGGAGCUGCUCUCCACCCUGAUGGUUCUGCUUCCACUCUGGGUGGAACAUGGGUUGCUGCCAGUGUAAAUGACUCCAGCAUAAGAAAGCUUGGACACCUUAUAGCUGACGAGUUUGAUUUCAGGUCUGACGAAGACAACCUAUUCAUCUUCAGCAAACUUAUGAAAGCACAAAAAAUGGUUACAUCUGGCCUAAAAUAUCACCUGGUUGUCGAACUUCUCGAGACUGUUUGCCCCAAGUACAAGAGGAGAAUCGACAAAACUCGUUGCGUCCCAGACAUUGGAGAGGAUCCUGUGAUGUGUGAGGCUAAUAUCUUGAUACAACCUUGGCUGAGCAAACAGCAAGUUACAAACCUCCGGUGUGCUGAUAGGGAUGACUUCCAUGAGGGUGAUGAUUCAGUUGAGGUCUUGCUGCCUCUGGUUCACCCUUCUGCUCAUGCUCGCCCAGUCUUCAAGAGCCACUUUGUUGUUCGUACUAGUGAUGAAAGUAUAGAGAGCAAUGAGCGUUUCUACGAUCCCUCCCGCCGAACUAGCAGCCGCCACCGAGACUCCAACGAAGAUCUUUCGAAUGAAACAGUUGAGAGAUUCUAUCAUCCCUCCGGUGGUAGAAACCAUCAUCAUGACACUGAAGAAGAAGACGAUUCUGAAGAACUUCCUAACUUCCGAGGCAGGAGAGGAAUUCCUGGUGGUUAUCAACAGGCAGAUAAGACCAGUCCCAAAGUAAAGGAAAUAGCAGACUUUGCCAUCAAGUCUAUGGAUGAGCUCUCUGAAGAUCCUCGAGUUAGAAUUGUCAAGGCUGUUGAAAAAGCUGAGACUCAAGUGGUUGCAGGGGUCAACUAUAGACUUAUCCUUACUGUCCAUUGGACAACUUGCUUGAAAGCAGAUGAAGUAGAGGAUUUGAGUUCUUGUCCCAGUGAUCCUAAUGAAGUACCAAUUACAUGCACUGUCAUUGUUUAUGAUGUGCCAUGGACAAACACCCGGAGGGUCACAGAAGCUGCCUGCAACCCUGUAGGUGCUUCAGAUGCCCCUGCAAAAAGAUCUAGGAGAGCACUACUUGGUGGUUUUAGUGAGGCUGAUGUAAAUGAUGCAAAAAUCAAGGAAAUUGGCAAUUUUGCUGUACAAGCUAUGGACUCGACAAGUAGUGAUCGCCACAUUAGACGGGUUGAAGAAAUCUUAAGUGCUUCCAAGCAGGUUGUCGCAGGAUUUAAUUAUAGGCUGAAUAUUAAGAUAUACUGGACGACCUGUUUGAAGGAAGAUCACUUAGAGGAUAUUAGCGGCUGCGAGAGGGAUCCCAGCAGGCCAUACCAAACUUGUGAAGUGGUCGUAUAUGAGAAGCCUUGGGCAAAUCACAUUGAGCUUAAAUCUGCUUCUUGUAACUAGGAGGAGGUCUUGAAAAACUGAUUUUCUCAGAGUUAUUAUAUUUGAAAUGAAUUAAUGAUGACAUUAACAAUUAUUAUUAUCAGUUGUCAUUGCAUACUUUUAUCGUAGAUUGUUUUUUUAUUAUUGUAAUGAGACUUACAUACAGUAUGGUUGUUAGAGCAUGGUGACAUAUCAUGUGAGAAUUCUUCACUAUUGAAAUUAUAUGAUUCAUGUUAUUUAAUUGUUGAAAACAAAAAUUGAAAUUUCUUCUCUGUAUAUAUAUCAUCCAUUAUGAAUACUAUGUAUCAACUUUUCUUUUUAGUACAUUCUUAGUUCAGUGGAAUUCAGUUUAAACCUAAGAACCAUUGUGCAGAGAAAAGACAAAUUACUGUAUAUUUAAUCAACUUAUUUUUAUAAAACAUGAAAAUAUUAUGAUCAUUUCAUGUCAGUAUCAAACCUUCAUGCGGAAUCAUCUUAGAGAACAGUGCACGAUAGAUUUCCAGUCUGUAGUUUCCAUAACAUCAAAUGCCUUACUACAAAGCUGGACUGUGGGUUUGUAGCAACAUAAUGAGGAAUAUGAAAUUAAUACUGUAUUUGUUUCACUUGAAAAAUAUAAGAAAACGUUAGUUUUAGAACUUUCAGCUUCUUCAAGGAAUAAAUCAUAUUUUAAAUUGUUCAUAUCAAACUAUGAAUAUGUACUGAUAUUUGAAUGUCUUAAUGUACUCUAUUGUUGCCUGUACAGUAUAUUGAUUUUGAAAAAGAAUAUAGAAUUGCAUUCAGGAUCUAUAUUUGCAUCACUGGUUAUGUUUCAAUGUUCAUCUUCUAGUUUUGAUUUUAAUGGAUGUGAAUUUUAUUCAGAUUAUUAAUAUUUAAAAAGCACGAAGCUUUCUCUGUCUUCCCUUUGUUCAUGUUUCAGUAUAUUUUUAAUCACAUUAAGCUAUAAAGUUUUAGGAUCAGGAGUACACUAAAAUAUCUUGCAUAAUUGAACUUUGAAUUAGUUUACUCUAUUAAGUUAUAUUUCCAUCAUCUUUAGCAAAUAUGACCCACUUGGAGCAUAUAAUUUCUUUAUUUAUGAAGGAAAAAAAGAAUGUAGCAGACCACAGAAAACGUGUUACCAAUGCUACAUAAAUGUUUUUCAGAAUAUUUCCCUUAAUCGUAUAAAAUGAAUCUGCAUAUUUCCUCGUCCCAUCUGACCGUCUUUUGUAGUAGGGACGCUUAACACUACCACGACCAUUGAUGUACAUAGAUUGUUAUUCUUAUUGGUCAUAUUGAUGUGCAUAGAGCAGCAUCACAAAGAUCUAAAGCACACUUAAUGUAGGAAGAGGGAAGGUCAUUCUGGUGAAGGAAGCUGUUUUUAUUCCAUAAAGUAUAGGUUUUAGUCAUUUUUCAGCAGUUUUGAGAAAUAUGUAGUCUGGUUGUAGCAACUUCUUUCAUCACAGUUUUCGUCAGUGGAUUAAUUUUUCCUUUUUUUUUAUUUUAGGAAAGUUUUUCUGCUUUCUUCUUAUCCCUUCAUUAAGUGAGCUUAAGAUGAGGAAUAUUUUACACUGAUUAUAAUAUAUCUAAUAUAUACAUAUAUAUAAUAUUGUACCUGUGAUGAAAAUAUAUUAAGUUUCCAAUAGAUAUCUUUUGCAAUUCUUUUACUUUUUCUUAGUUGUUCUUUGGUAAAAAAAAAAUUUGGAUCUUUAAGAGGUAUUUUAUGGUGAAUGUACUACUGUAUGAAUGUUGAAACAGGGUUAAGAAGCAUCACCUGUAGCUGACUUUAUUAUAUUGACACAACAUAAAUACUAUUACAAAUUUUAUGAUUAAUAUAUUUAAAAAGAAUUGAAAGUUCCUCUUGAAUUUUACGUAAACUUUCCUUACAGCAAAGUGAUACAUAAAUCAUUUUAGAAAUAUUGUAUACCAAUGUCACAUUAGUUUUACAUUCAAACGUCCUACUGGCCUAUAAUUUUGUGCACUUGAUUUCUGUCUUUCAUCGGCAUACAGUAAUUUAUCUGUGAUUUUAUUAUUUCAAGGAACAAUGUAUUUUAUAGAAUUUAUUACCGGUGAAUAGUGACUUUUCACUUUGUAAAGUAGUACUUUACUGGCACUACAGUACCAUUUAAAAGUGAAAUGCUGCUUUGAUCUAGUAAAAUAUUUGGAACGAUUAGCAGUAAAGUAGUGACAGUGAUGGUUACAAGUGUGCCAUUGGUGAAAACAAAAUUUCAUGCCAUGUGGAUGGCCACAGGGAACUAUGUAUGGGGUGAAUUAUAUGGGAGAUAUGCUCUAAGGUCUGUGAUUACUUCUACAGUAUUUUAAUUGUGUUUGGAGUUUUUUUUUUUUUUUUUACCCAACUUUGCCAGUUUUUGAAAUAUCAAAAUUGUGAAAUAUAUCCUGAAAUCUCUCAAGGUUAUGUUUGGGAGUAAUGCCUUGACCUUGACUGCCGAUAGGACGUUUUGUAGAGAUGAAUAUGCAUUACAAUAGAAUACUGUAGAAUUUUAGUGAUGUGCUCUAAGGUGGGAUAUAGGAAUACAUAACUCACUUUGUAUACUUUUUAUUUAAUUAAAUUCACACAUAGUAA